AUGGCGCGCUCCAAGGCGGUGCUGCUCGCCGCCCUCCUUGCCGUCGCAGCGCUCUCCGCCGCUGCGGCGUGGGAGGACUACGACCACCACAUGUACCACAAGUGCUACAGGUCCUGCAUGAGGAAGUGCGACGACGACUACGACGAUGAUGACGACGACGACGACGCCUUCAAGAAUGGCAUCCGCCCCGUUGCAGUCUCCGUGUCCGAUGAUCACGACCAUGACGACCACCACGAUGAUCACGACCACGACCACGACGACCACGACCAUGAUGACCACCACCACCACGACCAUGGCGAACACCAUGACGACGACGACGAUGACGACGACGAGUGCCGGGUGGAGUGCACCGAGGAAUGCAUCGACUACGUGCCCGGCAUUUGUUACCACCACUGCGUCUCCCGCUCAUGUCUUUACUUGCCACCAUAUAGCUACCGGAGAACGGCUUGCUUCCAUCGAUGCGGCCACAGAUGCUACCACCAUGGCCACCAUCAUCAUCGCCAUCACCACCAUGACGAUGAUGAUGAUGACCACCACGACGACGAUGACCACCACGAUAGCCCAACACCAAGCCCACCUAAACCUGGACCCAAGCCAAAACCACCCAAGCCAAGGCCAACGCCCAAGCCACCGAGGCCUAGUCCAACGCCGGAGAUACCGCCCAUGCAGCAGAAGCCCAGACAGCCAAGUACCCCGAAGCCACCACAAAAGCCGACACUGCCGAGUUCUCCGAAGCCGACACCGCCAACGCCUAGUACACCGAAGCCACCACCAAAGCCAACGCCUAGUACACCGAAGAAAGCCGCCACCGAGUACUGA